GAGCGGCGCGCGUAGAGCGUAGAGAGUAGUAAGGAGCAUAGUAAGGAGCGGAAAGGCUUUGAACGUCCUCAGUCGAUACCCGAACAGGGUGCACGGCUGGACGUGAUUCCGUCCUCCCCAUCCACACAUUGCUCUCUUACUCUCUCUCUCUCUCACUGUCUCUCUCAUCACCCGCCAAAAAAACCCAAAUCCCACCCAAAACACAUAAAUCAAGAAGAAAAUCCAGAUUCUUUUGCGCAUUUUGAAUUUCCCGCUUCAAUUGAAUUUCGCCCAGAGGACACACCAAAAAAGAAAAGAAGGGGAAAUCUUUUCAUUUUUUUGGGGGGGUUACUAUUAAAUCGCAUGCUCAAGGUGAGUUCCGAAAAAAAAAAGUGUUCCACCUUAAUCAACGCACAUCAGUUAUACACCGGCGCGAAAAAAAAAAACAACAACAACUUUGAAAUCAAAUUAUUAACAACAACAAGAUAAAAGCGGCGGCGGCGCUCGGUCGUACCGCAGUGGCUAUUCGGUUAUUUGUGCCCGUGUGUGUGUGUGUGUGUGUGUGUGGAUCUGUGCCUACAGUGGUGUUUGUGUGUCUGUGUCUGUGUUGGUGAGUGGUGGUGGUGGCGGCGGGAGUGUGCAUUACAUUACAGGAGAGUUGAAAAAAGCAGCAGCAACUUGUGCACCGGAUUUUGCGCUAGCUGCUGCACACAUCCAUCCGGCACACAGCCCAGUGCUGGCCUCCAGCACUCCCGACUCUCAAAUUUUUUUUUUUUUCCAUUUUGGAGAGAAAAAAGGAAAAAAGUCCUUUGAUGUUCUUGUACACCUGUAAUGAAGGUAGUGGGAUGAGAACAUUUUGAUGAGGACCAGGAGAGAGUGUGUAGUCUUUCCGACUUGCAAAUCUUGCGGGCGAGGUGAUCGCUUUUUGGCGUCCAGUUUUUCAUACCCGCCAUUCCCAGUUUAUUUUUUUUUUCGUUUGAAUACUUUUGAUUCUGGGAAACACACACACGCCUUUGACACAUUCGCCGGGAUCGACCGUCGUUAACUAUGGAUUACUUUGAACGCCGGUGCUGCUACGACACCCGUGCGUAAAAGAGGAAGAAGAAAAGAAACAGAAACAGAAAACCGGCAGCCUCCCAGGAAAAACCGAAAAACAAACGAACCACCACACCACAAGCCAAAGCGCUGGCAGUCAUGGAGACCAGUCGGCGACGGCGAGGAGCUCCUCGCCGGAACGAACAAGAUGCUACAAGCCGAUUAGGAGAGUCGCAGAAGAAUUCGUCACACGUUAAUCAGGGCCAGCAGCAGCACCACCAGCUGGAGAGCAUCAAUGUCCAUGCCUUAGUCGGUCCGGCAACCACCAGUCGAAUAAGGAACAGCAAAUCGACGAAAGACUUUGACCAGCAGCCACUGCCAGCCAUCUCCUGUCGAGUCUCGACGGGAGAUUCUCGGCUCCUAACGGCCCACCAACCACACCGGCCCGACCACACGCAGCAGAGACGCCCGCUGAGACGACCGACGCUCAUGUGGCUGAGCGCGGCUCUGUUGCUGGUGUGGUCGUGGGGUCCGGCCACAACGCGGGCCACUCGGCUGGGCGGCGGACCGCACGGAACAAUAGCGACGAGCGCCGGCGAUGCGGAGCACCACACGCUCGGACUAAGCGGAACGGACUCGACGACGACGGCCGACGAUUACCAGCAGCAGGAUCCGUCGCUGAUCAUCAACACGCUGGCGGGACGGGUGCGCGGAAUGACGGCCGUGGCGGCCACCGGCAAGCAGGUGGACGUUUGGAACAGCGUUCCGUUCGGGCAGCCGCCAGUGGGCGAGCUGCGCUUCCGUCACCCGAGGCCGAUGGACCCGUGGGACGGCGUCCGGGACACCCGGGACAUGCCCAACUCGUGUUGGCAGACGAUGGACGACUUUUUCGGCAAUUUCGCCGGAUCGACCAUGUGGAACGCCAACACGGAGCGGAAUGAGGACUGCCUCUAUCUCAGCGUGACCGUGCCCCGGCCGAGACCCAAGAACGCGGCCGUCAUGGUCUGGAUCUUCGGUGGAGGUUUCGUCACCGGAUCCUCGACGCUCGACGUCUACGACCCCAAGAUCCUCGUCUCCGAGGAGAACAUCAUCUACGUGACACUCCAGUAUCGGGUGGCCUCGCUCGGAUUUCUCUACUUUGACCAGCCGGGAGCGCCGGGAAACAUGGGCAUGUUGGAUCAGGUGAUGGCCCUCCAGUGGAUCCAUUCCAACAUCGCCUUCUUCGGCGGCAACCCCAACAACAUCACUUUGUUUGGCGAAUCGGCCGGAGCGGCCAGCGUCUCCAUGCACCUCCUGUCGCCGCUCAGCCGCAACCUCUUCAGUCAGGCCAUCAUGCAGAGCGGAUCAGCCACGGCUCCCUGGGCCACCGUCGACCGGGAGGAGACCAUCAUCCGCGGGCUGAGACUGGCCGAGGCCGUUGGUUGCCCGCACAGCCGGGCCAAUCUCAGCGCCACGCUGGAUUGUUUGAAAACCAUCAACGCUUCGACGCUGGUCAAUAACGAGGUGGCUCCGCUGGGCAUCCUGGAGUUCUCGUUCGUGCCAAUCGUGGACGGGGCCUUCCUGGACGAGUCGCCCAAACGUUCGCUGGCCACCCGCAACUUUAAAAAGUGCAACAUCAUGAUGGGCAGCAACACGGAGGAGGGCUACUUCUUCAUCUUCUACUACCUGUACAACCUGUUCCCCAAGGAGGAGAACGUCUACAUCAAUCGGGAGGAGUUUCUCCAAUCGGUCCAGGAGCUGAAUCCCUUCGCCAACAGCAUCGCCCGGCAGGCCAUCAUCUUCGAGUACACGGACUGGUCGAAUCCGGACGAUCCGAUCCGCAAUCGCGACGCCCUGGACAAGAUGGUCGGCGACUAUCAUUUCACGUGCAACGUCAACGAGUUCGCCCACCGCUACGCCGAGAUGGGCGGCAGCAACAACGUCUACAUGUACUACUACACCCAUCGCUCUUCGACUCAGCAGUGGCCGACCUGGACGGGCGUCCUCCACGCCGACGAGAUCAAUUUCGUCUUCGGAGAACCGCUCAAUCCCACCAAGGGCUACUUACCUCAGGAGGUGGCACUCAGCAAGAAAAUGAUGCGCUACUGGGCCAACUUUGCCCGCACCGGGAAUCCCAGCAAGAGUCCGGACGGUUCGUGGACUCAAGAGUACUGGCCGGUUCACACUCCGUACGGACGAGAGUAUCUGACAUUCGCUGCUAACCAUUCCUGGGUGGGUCGCGGUCCUCGACUGAGGCAGUGUGCAUUCUGGAAAAAGUACCUGCCCAGUUUGAAAACGGCAGCAGCCAAUCUGCAGCAGCCGCCAGCCCAAUGCCAAAUGCCCAACCGGGGAGCGCCGCUGGAUCGUCUGGAGAUGGUGACACUCUGCUCGCUCAUAAGCGUCGCUGUGUGGGCUACGGCCGAGCUUAGAAAACGGUGCUGAUAUUCUCAACGAUGAAAGGCUGACUGUAUUUCCUGUGACACGCCCUUAACCCACACACCACCCACCCAAGUUAAGACUUUCAGAGAAGUGUCAACGGGUGCUGAGGGCUGAGAGAAAAGAAAAGAUCGAAGAGUAAAUAACCAUCAUACAACACAAUGAAUUAAAUCCCGUCAGAGCUCAUCGGCUCACUGUCGAAGAGCGAGUCUGGCAAAGGUAGACAGCGGAAUUGAAAAUAUUUUAAAAAAGGGGGCGACUGAUGGGGAGAAAAACGGGCGAUUAUUCCGUUCAAUGCAAACCAAAUUAUCGGUAUUUUCCGUGAGUGCGGUCGCGAUGUUUUCCUAAAGAUGAAAGGAACAUGGUGCCAAUAAUCUCUUAUAUACUCUAGUUGAUUAUGUUGCUCUUAUAUAAUAUAUACAUGCCAGUAUGCAAAACCAGACAAAAUUAAUCCCCCUAACCUAUCGUCAGAUGCAGCACUCUUGCGCUCCCUUGUGGGAAAAAAAAGUGAUCGCAUAUGUUUCAGUCGUAGAUAAAAUUAAAAAAAAAAAAAAAAAAAAAAUCAUUGUUAGUCCUGCUAGAAAAAAAAAGAAUCUAAGAAAAACCAAAAUAAUAAUAAUUUAAAAAAAAAGGAUAAAAAAUGUUGACCGCAGGGUUGUUCAAUUGGGUUGUGUAGAUCCUCUUCCGGGAUCGAGUUCAUCGCUGUUCCAUUUCGUACAUUAUAUGGCAGAUCGAAAGGGCCCAUCAUCUUUAUAUACAUGAAAUAGAUGAUUAGUUAUUUCUACGUACCAGUCGGUACUCUUUUGUUUCGCUCUCGAAACGUUCGAUGACUAGUUUGGUGACUAUAUUAUACACUCCCCCCCUCCGUUUCAUACAAGUCAAAUGAGUGGCCCUAUUUACUAUACAUGACGAUGGCCCAUAAAUUUCCAACACCUCAGUCGCGGCUUACAUUCACCACUGCCAAUACACGCACGGAUGAAGACGAUUGGAAAAGAAAGAUGGGUGCAGUUGUUGUACCUCACUGGCAAAAAAUUUAAAAGCACAGCUAUUAUCGAGACCACGAAAUUCGGUUAAGUGUGGUAGCAUACGUUCACUACUGCUUUUGAUUACCAAAAAACGACGACGAUAACUAAUAACUCCACACAUCCGUCAAAUUUUGACCUUUUGUCCCGAUAUAAACCUCCCUUGUUCGUUGAUGGGCAUCCUAUAUUUGGGCUCGCUGCCGUACGUUUUCAACUUUUUUACUUGAUUCAAUUGGAAUUUGAUUUUUUCAGUUUUUUAUUUGGUAUCGUAUAUAUAUUUGAGUCGAAAUUCGAUGGUCAUCACCAGUACUCUGAUAUGUUGUUUGGUUUUUUUAAAAUUGAUUAUUAUUAUCUUCUUUUUCGAUUUCUACCAAUUCGACUGGAUUCAUGAUAUUUAUCAUACUUUGGGAUAUCGCUGAAGUUUUAAUGUAGCUCCACCAUGGACACUGCCGUUUAUCUUCAAAUUGCCUUGCUAGCCUACUUCUGUCUCAUCAUCUGUCACAUGGCUCGUUAUGACAAAACAUUUCAAUUUGUACAUAUAGACGAAACAAAAGCUAAAACACAAACAAAAAGGACAAAAAAAAAAUAUUAAUAACAAUAAUAUCCCGUAACUUAUCCAAAUGCACUCCUCACAUUUAAACUUUUCUAGUUCGAUAGAUGUCGUUUCGGUUCUAAUCGGUUCCGUUCUAUGAAAGCAACUACACUACCUUGCAGCACAGCACUUCCACUCUUCCAUCGUGAAUUAGAAAGUUCAUCAUUUGGGUUUUCCUUCUUUUGAUCGCUAGAAA